UGACAGCUGACAGUUCGUCGAUCGUAUAUUGACAAUUGGUGACGGAUUAUUUGUAAAUUGUAAUGCUGUGAUGAUAAUUAACUCUCGUAACUAAUUAAAUUGACAAUAUUGGCCUAUUAAAGAAUAUAUAUCACUAUAUAGAAAAAGAGACGAACAUCUCUACAGAGCUUAUUAAAAAUAAAACAUAAUGACUCGUAUUUUCACUGCACUCUCCAUUCCAUUCCUCGCUGAUUGUUUGUCAAAAAUAAAUUUUCAAAAUAAAAAUCACAUCAAUUAUGGCGAUAAAAAACAGUGAAUUAGAGAAAAAUCAAGCGCGACAAAUUUUUUAGAAUGUCAGUUGACAUAAUUGAAGACAAUAAUGGAUCAUCAGAUAACAAGAAUGAUUUGCCGGUUGUUAAACAACCGACAACUCGAGGUGGUCUCAGGGUUUACAAGAUUGUCGUUUUGGGCGACGGAGGAGUUGGAAAAUCAGCUGUAACUCUACAGUUUGUCAGUCACAGUUUUCUCGAUUAUCAUGACCCAACAAUAGAGGAUUCAUAUCAGCAACAAGCAGUUAUCGAUGGAGAAGCUGCGCUCUUAGAUAUUUUGGACACUGCAGGACAGGUUGAAUUUACGGCAAUGCGAGAUCAAUACAUGAGAUGCGGAGAGGGUUUUAUGAUUUGUUAUUCCGUCACAGACAGACACAGUUUCCAAGAAGCUAUAGAAUAUCGAAAAUUAAUUUCCCGAGUUAGGGCCAGUGAAGACAUUCCGUUAGUCUUGGUUGGCAACAAAUUCGACCUCCAACAACAGCGGAAGGUGACAACUGAAGAAGGAAAAGUUUUGGCAAAUCAACUUGGAUGUCCAUUUUACGAGACCUCGGCAGCUCUCCGGCAAUUUAUUGACGACGCUUUCUAUUCACUGGUAAGACAAAUUCGCGCGAAAGAAAGAUCACGCUCGACAGUUCGCAAGCACAGUCGCUGGUGGCGUCUACGAUCGAUAUUUGCAUUUAUUUUCCGAAGAAAAAAUAGGCAUAAUCACGACAUAAAUUAUUCUCCUUAAUUCAAUGAAGUGGAAUAAUGCUUUCUUUCAGCGAAAGAAUGCUUUCAACUUCAUUGUAUACUCCGUCAAACAACGAACGACUUUAUCGUUUAUUUAUUCAAUUCGAGAUGAUUUUUUUAAAAGAAAAAAAAAUUGUCUUCCCAAUCACACUGCCUUACGAAUAACCCCAGAAAAUAAUACUCUGAGAGCUCUCAAGGACUUAGAUUUCAAUUUUUAUAAAAAAAAAAAAGUCAUAAAGUCGAAAGAAAGGCACAAUGCAAAGCGAAAGAAUGAAGCACAAAGCCGGACCAACCCAUAAUCUUUUUUUUUCUCAUUUCUUUCAAAAUGCAUACAUCGAAGAUGGAAAGCUUAACAAGAUAGCACAACAGUAUUUCAUAUUUGUAUUGUAAAGAGAAUACUGGAUUAUUGGGGCGCAUGACUGCAUCCAAAUUAUCAACUUUUUACUUUUAAUGAACAAUUCUGUAGAAUUCAUUUUAUUGAAAAAGUUUAAAUGAUUUUUUUUUUAAAUAUUAUUUCAAGUUUUCAUUUUCUAAUCUAUAUU